UGUUUCACAUUAGUAGAAAUCCUAUACAGUCAGCGGUUAUCAGCGCGGGCGCUCAUUUUAUUUUUUAAUUGAACUGCGCAUGUGCAGUUCAGAUGUGAUUUAUUAUUCAAAAUGGCGGAAGAGAAGCGACUUCGCGAAGGAGACGGCUUUUAUCGUCAACUUAACGAGGCAAAUUCGGGUGAACUGUUGUGGGGAGGCAUUCAAAAAAGAAAAAAGACACGGAGGAAUGGGGAUCCAACAUUUUAUCCCGUUGAAAGAGUUGUUUCACGGCAAAUAAACAAUGGAAAGACACAAUAUCUCUUAAAGUGGACAGGAUACAGUGCCUAUGAGAGUUCUUGGGUGGACGAAGAUAAUCUGAGUGCUGAUCUUGUUAGGAAUUUUGACAGCCCACAAGUGGAGACUUCACGCCUUCAAGGCAAUUUAGAUCGGCUGAGAGAGGCAAUGGAGGCAAAGCUUAAGAGAAGAACUAGGGUGCCUGUUUCAAUAGAAUUUCAUCAUGAUUGCUUUCGAUAUUGUUUUAGUGGCAAGGGUAUAAAAUCAAGGGAUGGGAAACAUAUUUUGCUUAGCAGCAAUGAUUUUAGGGUUUGUAAUUUUCCAAGGGAGUGGGACGUAUAUCUAGAUAAGAAUGGGGAUGGGGUUAAAAUUUCGUAUCCUGUCAAAAUGAAAACCUUUUUAAGCAAAUCUAUUAAGUGCUAUAAAGUAGUUGAUAAUUCUGUUGUAGAAGAUAAACAAAGAAUGUAUACUGAGAAAAUUACAUUUGAUUUUAUUAGAGAACCUUUUACAAUUUAAAUAUAUACAUGUAAAUAUGUAUAUUUGUAUAGUGCCAUAUCACAAUUACCUUCUGGCACUUUUAAAAGUAUGCUAAUUCAGCUUUACUUUUUUUGCUUAAGCCUUUUAAACCUCUGGCUUUUAAGUGUUCCCUCAACUGUUUGACAGUCAUUGAUUUGGGAUCUACUUGUUCAGGCUGGUCUACUGAGCGUUCCCCAACGGAAGUGUCUGCUGAAGUUGAGGGUUCCAUGUCAGGGGUCUCAGUAUUAGUUUUUCUCCUUUUUUUGUCUGGUAGUUUUUAUUUCUUCAUUCCAGUAAGUAAUUUUUUUUCAUAUUUUCUCUUCUCUCUCUCCUUGUGUUUGAGUUCCCAUUGUCUAAAUUCUUGUUUAAGAAUGUCCCCCACAGAAUCCCAUUUAUUAGAUUUCCUGUGGAGGACAGAUCUAGCUACAUCAUUAUUUUUUUCAACCCCAUGUCCAGUAAAUAUUUUAAUACAUUUGUAUUUUUCAACAAAAAAGGGAACAUGGGCAAAAAGAAUGUGCAUGUAAGGAGUAACACGAGCCCUCUCGUAACCUUCUGCCACAGUUCUGCAUGAGCAAAACAAAUCAAUCCAUUCCUUAACUUGGUCAGCAAUUAUUUCUGGCAAAAUGUUAAGCUCCAUGUUAGUAAUUUGUAUGUAAAUAUUAUUAAAAUCUCUCCACAGUUGAGUUACCUUAUCCCUGCUGUCAGGGGUUAGCAAAUCAUGCAGUUUAUCAGGCAAUUGACUGAGAAGUGUUUUUUUGUUUGAUCCUGUUAAACUUGUGAAAUCAUAUUUACCACUUGAUGACUUAUCAGCAUUUAGCUGUUCCCAAACAUCGAAAGAAAUGCCCAAAGACCGUAUGGUGGAAACUAGCUUUUUGAGAUGGAUACCUUUUCCCUCCCCUCUUUUUUUGUCAAAGUCAUCCUUUUUAUCUCUGUCAAUUGCCUGAUAAACAAGAUUUUUAGUUAGUACAUCUGUUACUCGCAGCAUCAAGUGUAAUUCGUCAACAAUCACAUGAUCAAGCUCAAUAUUAAGUAAAGGCUCUGCUCCACAACAGUAAUUAUCUGUUGAUUUCUUACAUAGCUCUUUAAUUUCCUUGAGAGAUCUUGACAUUGGAGAUUUAUUAAAGAAAUGAAAAUCAUUAUCAGUUUUCCAGCGAUCAUCCUUAUGAAUUUUACACCAAGCACAUGCAUAGUUAGCAGUUGCACCUUUAAGACCAAGCAUUAGUAACACAAAUUUAUAAUCACCACCAAGAAAAAACUCCAAGUUAAUUGUUUUAUCAUUGACUGUUAAUUUACCAGAAGCAAUGAAGUUGUUAAUCUCCUCAAAAGUGACACUAAAGGCUUCCUUUAAGGUGGUGUAUGAUUCGGAAGCAUUAACAGCUGCAAUGUUUCUGUUACCUUUAACAGACAUUACGUUAGCUCCUGUUUGUAAAAUAGAGAAAGUUAAAAAAAUAAAAUUGGAAUUUCUUGUCAUCCUA